AUGGUCUUGACUGGUCAUGCUGUCGCCGAUACCGUCCGCGGUAUCCAGGACGCUGGUGUCAUCGCAUGCACCAAGCACUUCAUCAUGAACGAGCAGGAGCACUUCCGCCAGCCCGGUAACUUCGAGGACUUUGGCUUCGUCGAUGCCAUCAGCUCCAACUUGGAUGACAAGACUCUGCACGAGCUCUACCUGUGGCCUUUCGCCGACGCCAUCCGUGCUGGAACUGGAUCCAUCAUGUGCUCUUACAACAAGGUCAACAACUCCCAGGUCUGCCAGAACUCGUACCUCCAGAACUACAUCCUUAAGGGCGAGCUUGGCUUCCAAGGAUUCAUCGUCUCUGACUGGGAUGCUCAACACUCUGGUGUCUCUUCCACCCUUGCUGGUCUGGACAUGACUAUGCCCGGUGACACCGACUUCAACUCUGGCCAGUCCUUCUGGGGAACCAACCUGACCAUCUCCAUCCUCAACGGUACCGUUCCCCAGUGGCGUCUCGACGAUGCGGCUGUCCGUAUCAUGGCAGCAUACUACUUCGUCGGCCUUGACGAGUCCAUCCCUGUCAACUUCGACAGCUGGCAACGCGACACUUACGGAUACGAGCACUACUACGCACAGGUUGGCAACAAGCUCGUCAACCAGCACAUUGACGUUCGCAUGGACCACUUCCGCUCCAUUCGCCGCUCUGCUGCCAAGUCGACUGUCAUGCUCAAGAACUCUGGUGUCCUUCCUCUCUCUGGAAACGAGAAGUGGACUGGUGUCUUCGGUAACGACGCUGGUGAGAACGAGUACGGUCCCAACGGAUGCGCCGACCGUGGCUGUGACAACGGUACCUUGGCCAUGGGCUGGGGCUCUGGAACCGCCGACUUCCCUUACUUGGUCACUCCUCUCGAGUCCAUCAAGCGCGAGGUUACUGACAAUGGUGGUGUCGUCACUUCCGUCACCGACAACUGGGCCUACGCGCAGAUUCAGGCAAUGGCUAGCCAGGUUAGCCACGCUAUCGUCUUUGUCAACGCCGAUUCUGGUGAAGGUUACAUCACCGUCGAUGGUAUAUUUUAUCCUGCUUUUAUAUUGAAACCUUACUAA